AUGUCUUUCACAGACGACGAAUCGUUUGAUGUCGACUUGGCGAGCCAAACAAAGCUGGAGAGCUUCCUGUUCAGUUGCGAGCUUUCCUCCAAAGUUCCUUUUUACUGCUUCCAAGGAGAUGAGGACGACGACAUGGAGCACUUCGUUGAGCUCAGAACGGUAUGCUUGGGGGAAAAUGCCCUGGAGGAGAGUAACAUAGUGGAGGUUACAGCCAUGAAUCACCAAGGAAAGACAACUUCAGUGCCCAUUGCUAACCUCCACAUCAACUGCCUCCCAAUGGUGAGCUUGGGUGAAUUUGAGCUCAAGGCACCGGUGACGAUCCGCUUGAAGUCUGGCUCAGGACCAGUGACCAUCAGUGGCCUGCAUUUAAUUGCUUCAGAGAUUGACGAGUCCGACUUGGAAGAAGAAGAGGAUGAAGAUGAGGACGACGACGAAGACGACUCGGAGGAGGAUGAUCUCAGCCCCGUUAAACCAGCAAAGAAGAAGAAGAAGCAGUAG